AUGGCGGCGGCGGAGUUUGCGGCGACGUACCCGAUGAGCCCGCGGAAUCCAGGGAGCGGAGGGCAGGAGGCGAGGCAGCUGCAGGCGUGGAUUGGCGGGCCGGAGCCGGGGGGCGGUAGGGCGCUGGUGGUGCUGGCGAACUACGGCCCGGAUGAGGGCCAAGGCGGGUUCGGGAGCGCGAUGCGAGGGAGACAGAGGGUCGCGGCGUCGUGGGAGGACCUCGGACUGGAUACAGGUGGCGGGUACGCGGUGAGGAACGUCUGGACGGGCGAGGAGGAGCAGGCCGAGGGGGGGUUAGAGGCCGAGCUGGAUGAGGGUGAAAGCGUGCUGCUCUGGUCUGACGACAUCUUCAUAUAA